AUGUCUUUCGAAAAGAAGCCAAUUACUGCCUCCGGUGCACCCGCACCUCCACCUUUCCUGUCGCAGGCCAUCUUGAUGGGCGACUUCCUCUUUUGUUCCGGACAAGUUGGCUGUCACCCCGAAACCGGCGCGCUUGUCACAGGCUCAAUCGGAGAUCGAACCAAACAAAUCCUCUCUAAUCUCCGUGCCGUUUUGGAAGCGGGCGGGACUAGCCUGGAAAACGUUGUUAAGUGUAACAUCUACCUUACGAGCAUGAGCGAUUUCGCUGCUGUUAAUGAAGUCUAUGCGGCGACGUUCACGAAGCCGAUGCCAGCGCGAACUUGUGUCUGCGUGAAGGAGCUGCCAUUGGGAACGGACGUUGAGAUUGAAUGCAUCGCAGGUGUGUCGAAAUCCAAGCUUUAA